AUGCGUGAAAAAUGCUUAAAAAGUACCAUUAAUAAAUGGAAAAGAAAGCCGCAAAUAGAAGUUUGUUUAAAAAGUCUUGAUAAUUCUAAAGAUAAAAUUCAAGAAUUUUUAAAAGAAGUUGAAAUUCAAUAUAAACAUGGAGGCUAUUCAGCAAUCGCAAUUUAUGGAAUAACUAAAAACCCAAAAGAUAAUAAUUAUAUAAUAGUUAUGGAGUAUGCAAAGCAAGGAAGUCUCCGAAAAUUAUUAAAUAGUAAACAUAGCGACUUGGAUUGGAAUGAAGAAACAGAAUUAUAUAAACAAGUUAAAGAGAUUAAGGAUACGAGCGAAAAUUCUUCAACAUAUAAUGAAAUUAAAUCGGCACGACACAACUUUCAGACACACAAACAAGCUAUUUUUAUAAGUCGGCUUUUAAACUUUUCAAAGCUUCCUAAAGCGAUAAAUAAAUCGGCAGAUCCAA